CAGUUGUCUGAGCGAGCGCGAGCCGGGAGCCCGGGCGGGCGCGGGCAGCGGCGGGCCGGCGGGGUGGUGCGGGGCGAGCAGCGGCGGCGGCGGGGGCGCUUCGGCCGCGACGGCCGCGGGGCGCCGGCGGGAGCUAGCAGCGUCUGCAGCCGCGCCGGCCGCCCGCGCCCCGGUGCGCUCCGGCUCGGCCAUGGAGCUGCCAGCUGUUGGCGAGCACGUCUUCGCGGUGGAGAGCAUCGAGAAGAAGCGGAUCCGCAAGGGCAGAGUGGAGUAUCUGGUGAAAUGGAGAGGCUGGUCGCCCAAAUAUAACACGUGGGAACCAGAGGAGAACAUCCUGGACCCCAGGCUGCUGAUCGCCUUCCAGAACAGGGAACGGCAAGAGCAGCUGAUGGGGUAUCGGAAGAGAGGGCCAAAGCCCAAACCGCUGGUGGUGCAGGUGCCUACCUUUGCCCGUCGUUCCAAUGUCCUGACCGGACUCCAGGACUCCUCCACUGACAACCGUGCCAAGCUGGAUCUGGGCACGCAGGGCAAGGGCCAGGGGCAUCAGUACGAGCUCAACAGCAAGAAGCACCACCAGUACCAGCCGCACAGCAAGGAGCGGGCGGGUAAGCCCCCGCCGCCGGGCAAGAGCGGCAAGUACUAUUACCAGCUCAACAGCAAGAAGCAUCACCCCUACCAGCCCGACCCCAAGAUGUACGACCUGCAGUACCAGGGCGGCCACAAGGAGGCGCCCAGCCCCACCUGCCCGGACCUGGGGGCCAAGACCCACCCUCCCGACAAGUGGGCGCAAGGCGCAGGGGCCAAGGGCUACCUGGGGGCGGUGAAGCCCCUGGCUAGCGCGGGGGGUGCUCCAGGCAAAGUCUCCGAGAAGGGCCCCCCCAACGGAAUGAUGCCGGCCCCCAAGGAGGCUGUGACGGGCAACGGGAUCGGGGGCAAGAUGAAGAUCGUCAAGAACAAGAACAAGAACGGGCGCAUAGUGAUCGUGAUGAGCAAAUACAUGGAGAACGGCAUGCAGGCGGUAAAGAUCAAGUCCGGCGAGGUGGCGGAGGGGGAGGCUCGCUCCCCCAGCCACAAGAAGCGGGCAGCCGAGGAGCGCCACCCCCCUGCCGACAGGACUUUUAAAAAGGCUGCGGGUGCAGAGGAGAAGAAGGUGGAGGCGACGCCCAAGAGGAGGGAGGAGGAGGUGUUGGGGGCCAGCGAUCCGCAGCCCCAGGAUGCCGGCUCCCGCAAGCUGUCCCCAACCAAGGAGGCCUUUGGAGAGCAGCCCCUGCAGCUCACCACCAAGCCCGACCUGUUGGCCUGGGACCCGGCCCGGAGCACGCACCCACCCUCCCACCACCCGCACUCGCAUCCCCAUCCCCACCACCACCACCACAACCACGCAGUCGGCCUGAAUCUCUCCCACGUGCGCAAGCGCUGCCUUUCCGAGACCCACGGCGAACGCGAGCCCUGCAAGAAGCGUCUGACGGCGCGCAGCAUCAGCACCCCCACCUGCCUGGGGGGCAGCCCGGCCGCCGAGCGCCCUGCCGACGUGCCACCGGCCGCCGCCCUCCCGCAGCCCGAGGUCAUCCUACUGGACUCGGACCUGGAUGAGCCUAUAGACUUGCGCUGCGUCAAGACGCGCAGCGAGGCUGGGGAACCGCCCAACUCCCUCCAGGUGAAGCCCGAGGCGCCCGCGACAGCGGCUGCGGUGGCAGCAGCGCCCGCCACGGCGGCGGAGAAACCUCCAGCCGAGGCCCAGGACGAACCAGCCGAGUCGCUGAGCGAGUUCAAGCCCUUCUUUGGGAAUAUAAUUAUCACCGACGUCACUGCGAACUGCCUCACCGUUACUUUCAAGGAGUAUGUGAUGGUGUAGCUGGAGGGCGCCGGAAGGGGAAGCGUUAUUCCCUCCAGGUGGGGGCUGAGCACUUGGGGCCUCGGGGCGCGCUCCCCUCUCGCCAAACGAGAGAGAUCCGGGCUGGCCCCCAGGGCGAGAACAAGAGGUAACCACGUACCGCCCCCCACGGCUGCUGGGAGGCCCCUUCCACGUGGUGCCGGCGGGGUUCGCCCUCUCCUGCCCUUCCCCACUGGAGACGGACCCCCGGAACGGACAGGGCAGCCCUGCGCCUCGGUCUCAGAGUUCUAGUAUUAUAUUUUAACCGUGCUAACUUGUCAAGUGCUGACUCUACUCCCGUUUGUACGUGGUGUUAUUAUUGAAAUGUAUUGUUUGAGCUCAAAAGGCCCGAUCACCCCCCUUCGGGCUGCUAUAUAUAUAUUUAUUUGUAGGUAUUUAUAUAUUGAAAUAUAAAAACCUAGAUUUAUGGAGUUUCCUCUAGAUCAUGUUAUAUUCUAUAUCAGACAAACUAUUUUCUUUUGACUUUUCUUCCCCUCCAUCCAGUAUUUCGGUUGAUUUCAUUUCCUCCCUCUCCUCCCUUCCAGGAACUGCAAUACCAGUAACCUUGGUAUAUAUUUUUUGAUACUGUACACAUGGAUGUGUUGUUUCUAUGUGCAAAAAAAAAAGUUUGUUAAAAGGCUACUCGAGCUCUCUAGAAACUGCUGCUACUAGAAAUGUCUAAACUAUAAGCUUCCAACUAUUACCUGCUUGAAUGUAAAUAUUAAAUGGAGAUGUUGAAGGUG